GUGUGUGCGUGCCGAAUGCGUGACAUCGACGAGAAGCGACGAGGAAGUCACGCAAGCAGCAACGAUUUAUUUGGUCGCGGCAAAUGUAUCUGCAAACAUGGAUAUUUGCGAUAGCGCACAUAAUUACUCAUGCUCAAUAUACCGUCGCCAAACGCGGACUGUGCAACGGCUACAAGUCCGGCGAGGACGAUCUGCAGACGUUUGACUUCAUCAGCAAGCUGAAAUUGGAUCUGCUAGAUGCGCGUUACAACGGCAUGACGAAGGUCCGAGGCAGCAAUCGCAUGCAGACUGCAUACCGGCUGGAGAAAGACACUGAUGUCACCCUCCCGACAAAGGACAUCACACCCGACGGGCUUUCAGAAGAGUUCUCUUUGGUGUACACGCUGAGAGCUAGAAAAUCACCCAAGUAUCCUUGGCACGUCAUUAAGAUCGUGGACGCGAAAGGCGACGCUCAGCUUCUCAUCACGAUGAAUUCUAGGAAGCGAACGCUGGAUUUUUCAUCGAUCGACCACGAGGGAGAAUUGCAGACGGUCUCUUUCGUGAAUGAUCGCGUAUUCGACAGAGGCUGGCACAAGGUAAACUUCGGGGUUUUCAAGGAUAAGCUGGUUCUUAACGUCGACUGCGAAUUCGUCGGCGUGGAAGGUCUAAAACCACGUGGGCCGAUUAAAGUUGACGGGACCAUAUCGAUAGCCAAAAUGAGCAAUAGUAAGAUCACUGUACCGAUUGAUGUGCAAUGGAUGGUUUUAAACUGCGACCCAACGAGACACGAGAGGGAAACGUGCGAGGAGCUACCGAAGACCGUAGCCGCUCCGCUUGAAAGAAAGUCCAGCUGCGACACAAUCUGUCCGCAAGGACCACGUGGAUUUAACGGUACAAAUGGAUUGCCCGGUCUGCCUGGACCACCCGGAGCACCGGGACCAAUUGGUGCGUCAGGCUCGUCUGGGCUUCCAGGCCUGCCGGGGGAACAAGGAAGAACAGGAGCCUCAGGUAACACUGGUGCCAGAGGUUUUCCAGGUUUGCAAGGUUUCAAAGGAUCAGUCGGACCCGCGGGACCACCAGGUGUACUAGGAUUACCAGGACGAAAGGGUGAAAGAGGCGAUAUGGGAUUUCCGGGUCUGAAAGGAGAUCAGGGUCCUCGAGGAUUUCCGGGUCCACCAGGGAAUACGAGUGAUUUUGCUUAUCCCCUUGGAUCGGCAGGAUACAAGGGCGAGAAAGGGGUCAAAGGUGAACGGGGAGAUAAUGGUAUUCAAGGACAGCCGGGUGAAAAAGGCGAGCCUGGAGACAGGGGAUACCCAGGAUUAGACGGAUCUCGCGGUCGUGACGGCGCACCAGGUCUUCCUGGUCUUCCAGGACCUCCUGGCCGCCCCGGACCUAGAAACACUCUAUCUACAAACAUUUCUAGCAUUCCAGGACCACAGGGUCCUCGUGGUAUAAUAGGGCCUUCAGGGCCAUCAGGCCCACCAGGAUCACCAGGAUUGCCAGGUCCUCCUGGUCCGCCAGGUCAAACGGGCCCAAGGGGCGAAAUCGGAGAACGUGGUCGAGAUGGCACACCGGGAUUUACGGAUAAUAGCGUCACACCGGGAUUACCUGGCCCCGAGGGACCUUCCGGUGAUGAUGGUCUCCCAGGUGAAAAAGGAGAAAUCGGACCGAUGGGCCCUCCAGGAUUAUCUGGAGUUCCAGGAAAGGAUGGAUACCCAGGAUUGCCGGGACCGCAGGGAUCUCCAGGACCACGCGGGGAACCGGGGUCUCCAGGACCACGAGGUUUAGAUGGACUUGUAGGAAAACCAGGACCGCCAGGACUCAAUGGGAAACCAAGCCAGAAGGGUGACAAAGGCCAGGAAGGCGUUCAAGGUCCUGUUGGACCUCGCGGAUUACCAGGAAGUCCGGGCUCAGUAGGUUCACCAGGCGUAUCAGGCAUACCAGGAUUGGAAGGGAGGCCCGGUCUACCUGGUCUCCCAGGAUCGAUAGGACCACCGGGGCCUCCAGGCGCUCCGGGUUUCCCAGCUGCAAACAGUAGCUUUGCUAGUUUUAGCAGCCCCGGUCUUCAAGGCCCCAGAGGUCCACCAGGUCCCCCGGGCAUACCAAGUGAAAGAGGAGCGCCUGGAGAACGAGGACCGGAAGGUCAAGUGGGACCCCCCGGUAAGGACGGAGCGCCUGGAUUGCAAGGUCCCUCCGGGAACAGAGGUCAAACGGGAUUGCCCGGACUUCAAGGUUUGCCGGGCCGUAGCAUGAGCGAGGCGGAAAUUCGUGAUAUUUGCGCCGGUGUUCUGAGAGAACAGAUGACCGAAAUGACAGCACUAAUGCAAGGCUCGCCUGGCCCGCCUGGUCGAGGUCGCCCGGGCCGUCCUGGAUCACCUGGUCCCCAAGGUCGUCCAGAGAGACUGAAAGAACUAACAGAGGGUCUACGAGGGCUACCCGGAUUACCGGGACCGGCUCGACACGGCCGGCCCGGUCGAGCCGGGAAGCGGGGCAUCCCAGGCGACCCGGGACCGCCUGGUUUACCGGGGGAACGUGGAUUCGUCGGUUUACCGGGUUCGCAGGGUCCCGUCGGUCCGCAGGGGCCACCUGGCGAACGUGGGGAAAAGGGGGAUAGAGGUCUCGAGGGGAUCGGUCUGGAAGGCCCGCCUGGUCCAACCGGUCUACCAGGUCCUUCUGGCAACGACGGCAUCGGUUUACCCGGAAGACAGGGAGACAGAGGUGAACCGGGCAGACCAGGUGUUCCUGGUGCGAGGGGACCACCGGGAGCGCAGGGACCACCUGGAUACUGCGAAUUCUGCAACUACCCUGGCGGCAAUUACUUGCACGGCCGCGGCAACGAGAAGGGCCCUUGAUCGGCCAUCGCCAUAGGAAUUACUCUCUAUAUACGUAGCGGAAGAAGAGAGCACUGCGGAGAAAGAUUAUUAAAAGAAAAAGUUGCUAUUCGAUAUAUCUUUUUUCUUCAAUACGAGCGAUUUUUAUAAUUCAACGCUCAACGCCGAACUGAAAAGUCGAAGCACUGCCAUGCUAGCGUUUCUUCAAAUCGCAAUUUAGCUUACUUCGAAUCCAAGUGUAUUAUUUAAUAAAGCUUCUAACACUAAUUCUCUCGCUUCUCGACAUUAAAUCGUCAUCCGUUCUCCAAUUCCGAAAGUUAACUAGAUCGGACGGGAUCUCCUGUUUGUCAAUUCUGUGGACGGUAUUCAUAGUCAGAUGUUAUAUUCAAGACUGUCGUAAGAUCGUCUUUAGGUACUCCGUAGCCAAUGAAAUGUUCCCUACAGCAUCGUUGGAUAAAUUCAGGUCUUGAAUAUAAGAUCUGACUAUGAAUACCGGCCACGUG